AUGCUUUUGCCAUUCUUUAAAUUGUGGAUUGACACACUGUCUCCAGAGGAGGAAGAGAAAAAGAGGAUACGGAGGGAGAGGAAUAAAAUGGCUGCAGCAAAGUGUCGCAACAGACGGCGAGAACUGACAGACACACUGCAAGCUGAGACCGACAAGUUGGAGGAGGAAAAAGCAGCACUGGAGACAGAAAUAGCCAUCCUCCUCAAAGAAAAAGAACGCCUUGAGUUUAUCCUUGCCACACAUAAACCAGUGUGCCAAAUGUCAGAGGAAAUGGAAUCUAUUUUCCAGGAGUCGACAGAAUCUCCAGAGCUUCUGUCCACCGCAGGCGAGGACAGGCUUCCAGAGGAUAGCGUCCAGGAGGCUCCUUCACUACAGGACAUGGACAUACCCAGUGAUCCAUCCACAGCCAUCUCUGGGAACUCAAAUAUUUUGCUGUGCUCCAGUGCAGAAAUCAACAUAUGCGAUCUAGAACCAUCUCUGGACCUUAAGGAGGGGCUCCUGGACAAUAUGCUGCCCAGUCUUGAGGAGAAAACUCCAAUGGAGACAGCUCGGUCGGUGCCAGACAUAGAUCUGAGCAGCUCUCUUGGGGUGUCGGACUGGGAAACCCUGUAUAAGUCUGUUUCCAAUGAUUUGGAGCCUCUGAGUACCCCUGUGGUGACCUCCACUCCAACCUGCAGCAGCUACCUGUCUGUCUUCACGUUUGCUUGUCCUGAGCUGGACUCACUCACAGACGAACUAGACAACCAUAAAGCUGGCACUGGCAAAGCCGAGUCCGUAGAUAUCCUCAACUCCCCAACUCUUCUAGCCUUAUAAUUGACAAAGGAAACCUUUCUCAGCUCUCUGAUUCUUGAAUUGGAAAUAGUAUUUACUACAGUAUGCUGUAAUACACUCAUGAAAUGUCUUGUGUGUGACAAACAUAUGAUGUUUUUUCCAGAUACACAGCAAAAAGAGUGAUGUAGCUCAAAGCAUGGCAUUCACUGAACAGGACUGAACGAACAUGUAUUUUUAAAACGCAUGCUGAGAAUAUCACAUAAUUCUGAGGCUCAUAUAUAUUUGAUCUUUUACUAGAUCUAGGAUAUAAUGUGGACAUUAAUGUUACAGUAUUUGUGUUUAUAGUGUCUACAGUGUAUAGAUUGAUGUAAAUGUUCUAUUACACCCAUUCAUAAAUACCUGCAUACCUCAAUGUCAUUGAUUGUGGUUUGACCUCAUUGUUAAAAUGUUAAAAGUUUUCCAUGAAAACAUCCAGUGCUAUUUACAGUACUAUAUAUCUAUCAAGAUGUACCUUAUUAUUUAUUUUUU